AUGAGUUUUGAAAUUGGUCAGCCAAGGACUACUUUUGCUCAAUGGAACCAGAGCUCUUUGGAAAACUUCUGCUGGUGCUUAUCACAAUCUCUGAAUCCUCAUAUUGCUGAAGAUAAUCAACUUUGGCAACAACAAAAAUGGCUGCUUCCAAAGACACUUGAAAUUGAGAUAGACUCCUUCAAGAAGCAGAUUUUAUCAAGUUACUGCUUCUGAGCCUCAGGAUGUGGGGGCAAUGAACAAUCCAAUCAAUCAAUGGGAACAAACAUGGUAUUGAACGAGGAGUAUAACCUAUCUGCAUUGUCAGGGUCCGAUAAACACGAAGAAGUGAAAACAGUGCUUGAAUCAAGACAUCAGACUCAAGAAGUUAUUGAAGAAAGUGAUACAGCUAGAUACAACCCAAAUAACAAUGUCUCUGAGUCUGAAGAAGUACUAGGCAUGACUGGUGGUGACUUAAGCUACAAGACUAGGAAAGAUAUCGUCUACAAGGCAACCUUUAGAAGAAUGAGGAAGUAUUUUAUCCAGGACUUCCUUUCAACCACAGAGCUUCGUUCUCAGCAUAGAGAUUAUCUGGUUUGCCUCAUAGAGUACUGUGCUGUUAAUUUCCCUCAAUGUGACAUUAACAGAGCCUGAGUAAUCUUCGAUUGCAUUAUUAAUGCCAAGAAUAAGUUAGGAGCCAUCUCUCAAGAAGAUACUCAGCUGAAGCCCAGAAUUGAAAGACUCAUGUACUGUUACAGCCAAAAGUUGUUUAGAACAAUGAGUGCUCAUCCAGUGUUCUUGAAGAUCAUGCUGCAUUUCCUGGGCAUCGAAGGUGUGAGCAGCCUCAUUUUCUCUGAACCAAAAGUCUCAUUCCACCCGAAAGUUCAGACUCAUCUGCUUAAUCUGAGACUCACCGCAGCCUGGAUGAAAGAGUCACCAUCAGUAUAAUAAUCUUUUCAUAAAAUUUGAAACAC